UGAAUCCCUCUCACAGUGCUGCAGAUAGGGGCUGCCAACACAUGCGGCGCGUCUGCAGGUGAAGGGAACCGGCUGAGUGUGCUGGAUAAAAAAAAAUUAAAAACAAAUCCACCAACGUUUCCUUAAAACUGCGUAGGAUAUACAUUUUUUUUCGUCCUCGUGUGACAUUUUUUUUCUUCUUAAAGCAUCCGUGGCAUUGUGCGGUGGCAGAAGGGGGGAGAGAGAGAGAACUGAAGCCCACUGCGCGCUCCCCGCAAGUGACUUGGAGGAAGCGCGCAGAGUAUGCGACCGGACAGGUAAUGUGCUUCACAUUCACAGCCUCAAAACCCGGAGAGUUGGAGCGCUGCGCGCCGGCAACCCGCGCGCGCUCUGCUGAGUUUGGGGAACUGCGUUUAAAUGCUCCUCUGACAUAUGUGGACAUAUCCUCGGAUAGAGGAAUAUUAUAGCCUCGCCCCCCCCCCCCCCUCCCACCCCCCAAAAAAAAAUUAAGAAAGGAGAUUCGAACCACAGACUGAGUGAAACGGCGGCAUAUGGAACUAAUUCACUUUCUGGUGACAUGAUUCUCGGACUAUAACGUUUUGACUUAUUACGCGCAUUCGUGGAGGUGCACGUAGGCUCUACGGUGAGUUUUUGAUAUCACCCGCAUUUUUUCUUUUAUUACUUUUUUUUUUUUAAACAAAACGAGGGAAGAUCGGCUGACACCCGUAGCUGGAAGAGGAAAAGCAGAGAGCAGACGAAAGCCCGUGCACUUGCUGCUUUGCACUGCAGCAGGAGCGAUGUAGGUAGUCGUCCGGAGGAUGAAGACUAACGCAUCCCGCUGCAGAGACCGUCGCUCUUAAUGAAACAUAUAUUUUUCAUCCAUUUUCGGUGUCUCCGGCAGUGACUAAAUUUUUUUUUUUUUAAAUUUUCAAAUCUAAAUGGACAUGUUUUGUCAGAGGAGAACCAUGAGGACUACUGGUGCAGUGGACUAUUUGUACUAUUGCCUGCUGAUCCUGCAGCUUGUGCAUCAGCCCGCUGCCAAGCAAGUGCUCCGGUACCGCUUGGCUGAGGAGGGACCCGCCGAUGUAAGAGUGGGGAACGUAGCGGGCGACCUGGGCAUCGUAGCCGGGUCCGGCGAGGUGACAUUCACGCUAGAAUCGGGCUCAGAUUUUUUCAAAAUAGACAACAUAACUGGUGAGCUCACCACCAAUGAGAGGCGCAUAGACCGUGAAAAACUACAGCAGUGCCAAAUGAUAUUUGAUGAAAAUGAAUGCUUUAUAGAUUUUGAAGUGUCGGUGAUUGGACCAGCUCAGAGCUGGGUCGACCUCUUUGAGGGAAAAGUCAUUAUAUUAGAUAUAAAUGAUAACACCCCGUCGUUCCCUUCCCCUGUCCUGACACUAUCGGUGGAGGAAAACAGACCCAUUGGAACCCUUUAUCUGCUGCCCACAGCCACAGACAGAGAUUUUGGCAGAAACGGCAUAGAGCGAUACGAGCUUAUCCAGGACAAUGGGGAGAACUCGAGGCGGUUGGGCUCUUCUGGGGAUUCGUUCUCGGGGAAGAGGAGAUUUGACGAAGGCGCGAGCAGGAGCAGCGUCUUUGAACUGCAAGUUGCUGACACCACCGAUGGAGAGAAGCAGCCUCAACUCAUCAUUAAAGGGGCCCUUGACAGGGAACAGAGAGACUCCUAUGAGCUCACCCUGCGCGUUAGAGACGGAGGAGAUCCCCCUCGCUCCUCCCAAGCCAUUCUCAGGGUGAUGAUCACCGACGUGAACGACAACAGCCCUCGGUUUGAGAAGAGUGUGUAUGAAGCAGACCUGCCGGAGAACAGCUCCCCCGGCGCCCCCAUACUGCAGCUCAAAGCAGCUGAUGCAGACGUGGGGGUUAACGGUCAAAUCGAGUACGUGUUUGGGGCAGCCACAGAGUCGGUGAGGAGGCUGCUGAGGCUGGAUGAGAGCACGGGGUGGCUGAGUGUGUUGCACCGCAUUGACCGCGAAGAAGUGAGCCAACUGAGGUUCACGGUAAUGGCCCGUGACAGAGGCCAGCCCCCCAAAAUGGACAAGGCCACCGUGGUGUUGAACGUGAAGGACGAGAAUGACAACGUUCCCGCCAUAGAAAUACGAAAAAUUGGACGCAUUUUUCUAAAAGAUGGCAUCGCCAACGUGGCUGAGGACGUGGUGGUGGACACACCCAUUGCCUUAGUUCAGGUGUCAGACCGUGACCAGGGAGAAAACGGCAUUGUGACAUGCACAGUGGUAGGGGAUGUUCCCUUUCAGCUCAAGCCAGCCAGCGAGAUGGAAGGAGAGCAGAAUAAAAAGAAAUAUUUCCUCCACACGUCCGCAGCGCUGGACUACGAGGCCACACAGGAAUACAAUGUGGUGAUAGUGGCUGUGGACUCUGGAAGCCCCAGUCUGGCAAGUAAUAACUCUCUUAUUGUCAAAGUGGGCGACACUAACGACAACCCUCCUAUCUUCAGCCAGAAUGUAGUGGAGGUGUCGUUUCCAGAAAACAAUGCCCCUGGCGAGAGGGUGACAACAGUGAAAGCCAUUGACGCAGAUAGUGGGAAGAAUGCUGAAAUAGCCUAUUCCCUAGACUCAUCGGUAAAUGGGAUUUUCUCUAUCGAUGCAGACAGUGGAGACAUCCGAGUAAACAUCAUCCUGGAUAGAGAGCAAACAGAGCGCUACGAAUUCAAAGUGAUAGCCAAAGAUAAAGGCAUAAACACUCUGCAGGGCUCUGCGACAGUAGUUGUCCUCGUGGCAGACAGGAAUGACAACGAACCGAAGUUCAUGCAGGAUGUGUUCACCUUUUACGUCAAAGAGAACCUUGAACCAAACAGUCCAGUCGGCAUGGUCACAGUCAUCGAUGCAGAUAAAGGCCAAAAUGCAGAGAUGAGUCUUUUCAUCGAGGAAGAGGAGGAGAUCUUUUCCAUCGAGAAUGAGACCGGUACUAUUUUCUCCACCCUGUCCUUUGACAGAGAGCAAAAAACGACUUACACAUUCCGCGUAAAGGCCGUGGACGGCGGUGAUCCUCCGCGGUCUGCCACCGCCACGGUUUCACUCCUAAUAAUGGACGAAAAUGACAACGCGCCAACCGUCACUUUCCCAAUUAACAGCUCCUACACCCUUCUUCCUCCCUCCAGUAACAUCCGAACAGUGGUCCGAACCGUCAUAGCCACCGACUCCGACACUGGCGUCCACGCGGACCUGAACUACAGCAUCAUUGGGGGGAACCCCUUCAGGCUGUUUGAGAUCGACGGGGGCACCGGGGUCAUUUCGCUAGUGGCAAAGCUGGAGCAGAAGCACUACGGCCUCCACAGACUGGUGGUCCAGGUGAACGACAUGGGCCAGCCUUCCCAGAGCACCACCACGCUCGUUCACGUGUACGUUAACGAGACACUCUCCAAUUCCACAGUUGUGGACGCCCAGGUGGCUAAGAGCCUGAGCACCUCCCUCAACACCAACAUUGCUGGUGACCCCAACUAUGACCUAAGCAAACAGCGGCUAAGCAUUGUAAUCGGAGUAGUUUCGGGCAUCAUGACGGUCAUCUUCAUCAUUCUCAUCGUCGUCAUGGCCCGCUACUGCCGCCCCAAGAAUAAGAAUGGCUACGAGGCCGGUAAGAAGGACCACGAAGACUUUUUCACACCACAGCAGCACGACAAGUCCAAGAAGCCCAAGAAAGACAGGAAGAAACAGAAGUCCAAGCAGCCCCUCUAUAGCAGCAUCGUCACCGUAGAGGCUUCCAAACCCAACGGGCAACGCUACGACGGCGUCAACGAGAAGCUGUCGGACAGCCCCGGCAUGGGUCGCUACCGCUCGGUCAACGGAGGGCCGGGGAGCCCGGAUCUGGCCCGGCACUACAAGUCCAGUUCACCGCUCCCCACCGUCCAGCUUCACCCGCAGUCGCCGACCGCUGGAAAAAAGCACCAGGCGGUUCAGGACCUGCCCCCUGCCAACACCUUUGUUGGCACCGGAGAUAACAUUUCCCUUGGAUCUGACCACUGCUCCGAGUACAGCAGUCAAACCAUCAACAAGUACAACAAACAGGUAAGAAGCCGAUUCUUAAU